GGCCGCGGGCGCUGCGCCGCGCCGCCAGCCGCGGCCGAGGAUGCGGCGGAGCCGGGCACCGCGGCUGGCGCUGGCCGCCGGCCUCGGCUCGGUCCUGCUCGUCCUCUUCUACUUCCAGAGCAGCCUCAGCCCAGCCUCUGAAGAUAUGAGAUCCACCUGGCAAGGCAAGGCUGGUCGCAGCCCACUCCAGGCCCUAUAUGAGAGUGACCAGUUUGAGCAGUCGUCCCUGCAGGCGGUUCACCAGCAGAGACGGGAGAUGUUGAGCAACAUCUGCAGCCGUUACACCCGCAAGCGGCGUCUCCUGCGGCCGGAUGACUUGCGGCACUUGGUGGUGGAUGACACGCACGGGCUGCUCUACUGCUACGUGCCCAAAGUGGCCUGCACAAACUGGAAGCGGGUGAUGAUGGUCCUGACGGGGCAAGGCAAGUACCAGGACCCGCUGGAAAUCCCGGCCCACGAGGCCCACGUCCCCUCCAACCUGCGCACCCUGUCCGAGUACAGCGUUCCCGAGAUCAACUACCGCCUGCGCAGCUACCUCAAGUUCGUCUUCGUGCGGGAGCCCUUGGAGCGCCUGGUCUCUGCCUAUCGCAACAAGUUCACUCUCAGCUACAACACGGCCUUCCACAAGCGCUACGGGACCAAGAUCAUCCAGCGGCACCGGCGGGAGCCCAGCGACCGCGCCCUGGAGCGGGGGGACGACGUGCGCUUCGAGGAGUUCGUGUACUACCUGCUGGACCCACGGACGCAGCAGGAGGAGCCUUUCAACGAGCACUGGGAGCGGGUGCACUCGCUGUGCCACCCCUGCAUCAUCCACUACGAUGUGGUGGGCAAGUACGAGACCUUGGCUGAAGAUGCCAACUACAUCCUGCAGCUGGUGGGGGCCGACGCGAGCGUCAAGUUCCCGGCUUCAUCCAAGACCACCAGGACGACAGACGACAUGACAGCCCAGUUCUUCCAGGACAUUAGCCCCUUCUACCAAAGAAGACUCUUUAAUUUAUACAAAAUGGACUACUUGCUAUUCAAUUACUCUAUCCCCUCGUACCUCCGCAUCCGAUGAGGUGGGGGCUACAGGGGAAGAGGUGAGGGAGAGCUGGAUAACUCUCGUCUCGCCACAAUUCCUCUCCUCCUACCUUGUGCUCAUCUCUUGGUUGACUUCUUACCUGUGCCCUUGUAUUAGGGUCUGCUCCACCUCCUGAUGCCUUGUUCAUGCGUGAUCUGGAGGAAGAACACUUCUCAAAACACUGGGGCUGGAACUUCUCCUUCAUUUUCCCUCCCAGCCUUCAAUAUCUACAGGGAAUGGUGGUGGGACUGGACGCUUCUUGCCUUGCCUGGGGUUUUUCUUUUAACUAAGAGAUUCCUCUGUAGAUCAAAAUUUUGGGAAGGCUUCUCUUUCGGGCAGGAUCCCUUCAGGUCUUUCUCCUCCUUACUGGGCUGUUUGGGGGCAGACAUUGAGUCUCAGGGGUCAGAGUGGAGUGUAUCAGAGACUUGCAUAGAAUCAGAAAUAAAGCAAUAAUUUAAUGUAA